CUAAAGUCUAAAGAGGAGGGUCUGUUCGUGCGUGAACAUUGGAGUAGCCACGUGUACAGGAAAUAGAACCAAUCUGACAGUUGUGGUUGGUCGGUUUGUUUUUCUCGUACGACUAUGCGUUCUUGUCAUUGUUAGCUAGCUAGGUAGGCUAUCUCUUCCAUUUCCUGCCAUUUAUUCCCGAGCUGCGUUACAGAUUUGUGUCGUUGGAGCUCAAAAUCAGCCUUUGAGCAAGCAAGGACAUUGAACUUGGAAGAAGCCAUGGCAAUGUACUGCAGGACGGCUUGGUGUAGACACCUUCUGGCUGUGUCCAUGGCCCUGUUCUGCCUGCUCCACAACACCAUGGACGUCCAUGCCCGGCCAGCUAACAUGUCAGCCUUGAAGGACAAAAACAACCCCACGAGUAAAGAGGAGAAUGAGAUCCUUCCCCCAGACCAUCUAAAUGGGGUGAAGCUGGAGAUGGACGGUCACAUCAACAAGGGCUUCCAUCAGGAGGUGUUCCUGGGUAAGGAGAUGGAGGAGUUUGAGGAGGACUCCGAGCCCAGGAGGAACAGGAAGAAGCUCAUUGACAUCUUCAGCAAGGUGGACUUUAAUAAAGACAAGAGCGUCAGUGCCAAGGAGAUGCAGCGCUGGAUCAUGGAGAAGACAGAAGAACACUUCCAGGAGGCUGUGAGGGAGAACAAGAUGAGCUUCCAUGCUGUGGACCCAGAUGGAGAUGGACAUGUGACGUGGGAUGAAUACCGGGUGAAGUUUCUGGCCAGCAAAGGAUUCAACGAGAAGGAAAUGGCUGACAAGAUAAAGAACAGUGAAGAACUGAAGGUGGACGAGGAGACCCAGGAGGUGCUGGAGAGUCUGAAGGACCGUUGGUUUCAGGCUGAUAACCCCCCAGCCGACCAGCUGCUGAACGAGGAAGAGUUUCUCUCCUUCCUGCAUCCCGAGCACAGCAAAGGCAUGCUCAAAUACAUGGUCAAGGAGAUCGUUCGCGACCUCGACCAGGACGGUGACAAGAAGCUGACUCUGUCUGAGUUCAUCUCCCUGCCCAUGGGCACCGUGGAGAACCAGCAGGCCCAGGACAUCGACGAUGACUGGGUACGAGAGCGGAAGAAGGAGUUUCAGGAGGUCAUCGAUAGAAACCAUGACGGCAUCGUGACCAUGGAGGAACUAGAGGAGUACAUGGACCCUAUGAACGAGUUCAACGCGCUGAACGAGGCUAAGCAGAUGAUCGCUGUGGCCGACGAGAACCAGAACCACAAUUUGGAACUGGAGGAGAUUCUCAAGUACAGCGAAUACUUCACUGGCAGCAAGCUCAUGGACUAUGCCCGGAAUGUACAUGAGGAGUUCUGAAGACAAGCUGACAAAACCCUCCCUUUCCCUUCUAAUGUGGGCAUCCUCAUAAGUGUGCUCUAAGGACAGGUCUGUCUUAUUGAUGGAAAGAAAAGCCUGAUGUUCUAGUGUGCAAUUAUGUGUUUAAGUCCUAGCCCCAUCCUUCAUUUCUGGACAGUCAGCCUCUUCUAAACAUCAGAUUUAACCAUUGCCGAAGUCUGCCUUCUGUCUACAGUGGGACUUAAGUUGCAUUAUCUCAAGUAUGAUGAUGCAUUUUGGGUUUUCAGUGCAUUCUAGACACUGCGUCAACUUCAUGAUUAAUUUGUGUUGAUGAUAUAUUGUGAAAUUUAUGUCUGAGGAAUUGGAACAAGAUUAAUUUUUUUCCCUCUAGUGAAGUAGUCGAGGUGUAAGGACAACUUACACAAUCGGGCCUACAAUAUUUGUAGUAGUGCAGAACCGCUCUGUUUUUACUGCAAAAUGAUUUAACUUGCAUAACUAUAAACAAUGUAAAUACCUUCAUUCUUUGGAUUUACCAUCACAUUCUACAGUUCUACAUUUCACAAUGUUGCUCGGAAGUAACUGGUCUUAACCAAGGCAUCAAUCAUAUUGACCACUGAGCUGAACCCCAGUAACCACUAUACUCUCCACACUCACUGACUACAUGCUUGCUGCCCUUGUAAACAGUUGUUUGACAUUUGUCUAUUUGGUAAGAAGGUUACACUGCUAUGUCCUGAUACGUGUUGAUGAUUCUCUGAUCCAUCCUGUUCUUUAAAAUUAGUGCUUAUAUAUGUUGUAAUUAUGGGGUUUUAACCCUCUGCUGCAAUAAUGUCUAAUUGUUUCCAUACAUUUGUUUGCCUUUGCGUCUAUAAUUCCAACUGGGGUUGUGCAUUUAAGUAUCUCCAAAAAUAUGUAAACUCUGUUAAAUAUCUGAUACAAUCAUUACAAAUUAAUUAGCAAGUUAA